AAUUUUAGGAAAAAUUAACAUAAAUAUCUCAACUUUGUUUACCCUUCUCAUUUUAAUCCAUACUUUUAUUUAACUCAUUUUAAUCCUAAUUAUUUAUGUCACAUCUCAAAUUAGUCUAAGGACUUUGGUUACCUACUACUACAGGUAAAACCUCAUUUCCUCAAAAAAAAAAAAAAAGGAAAAAGAGAAAAGCAAAAGCAAAAAUUCAUUUGCUACAUUAUCUCACCUAACCUUGUCAUCAUCUAAUGGAAAUAAACCCAUCACAUGGCAUCACUACUUCUUCCAUCUAGAUUAAAAGGAAGUACUGUAGUAAAGUAAGAACUAAGAAGCUAAGCUCAUUUUCAUAGUUUCAUCUGAUUUAGUGGGUUUAAGGAUAAAUUUGAAGGUUAAAUGUUAUCACAAAUGUUGAUGCUUGACAACAAUGGUGGAAGAGGUUUUACGCAAUUAGAAAGUGCGGAGUACCCAGUAAGUGUUAUCAUUAAAUCAUUUAUCUAACUUUUUUAAAACUUAGAUUUAGUUUAUUUUUUGUUGUUUUUAGAGUGAAAACUAUCAAAUUUUCAAAUUGGAAAUUGAUGUUAUUGAAUCAUCAAUAAUUGAAACUGUUGAUGAAAUUGUUAGAGAAAAAGAAAAUUAAACAUGUUUUUUUUAAAAAAAAAAAAAAUAACGAAAAUUGUUGUUAAAUAGGUAUAAUGCACAUGUUGCUUGUCUCGUAGCAUUCAUAUCCACUAAAAUUUCUUACACUAUAAAUUUAUUCUCCACCUGAGUUUCCACCAACAUCUUUUUCGAACAGAGUCAAUUCUCUUGCUCCACUCCAAUUUGGCAACUCCCUUUUACUAGUAUAUAUCUUCAGUCUCCCUCCCCUAACAUUCUAACAAACAUCAAAGAAUUUUUUCAAAUGAAUUUAGAGCUGUAAAAAACUGACCCGACCAGAUUACAACUCGACUCCGACAUGGCGCAAGAUAACAAAAACAUCGACAAAAAAAGCGGGUUUAGCAGUAGCAACUCCACCUUUUACAGCAAACGUCGACCAAUUCCACUCCCACCAAACACAUCCUUAGACAUCACCACCUUCAUCUCCUCCCGACCCCACCAUACCACCACCGCCUUCAUCGACGCCACCAAUGACCGCCACGUGUCCUACUCCGAGCUCUGGUCCACCGUUGAUUCCCUCUCUUUUUCUCUCUCCUCCACGUGGGGUGUCCGCAAAGGCCACGUCAUCCUCAUUCUCUCUCCUAACUCUCUCUCCUUCCCGCUCGUCUGUCUCUCCGUCAUGUCCCUCGGCGCGUUGAUCACCACCACCAAUCCUUUGAACACCACGCGCGAGAUUUCCAAACAAAUUGCGGACUCGAAGCCGUUCCUCGCCUUCACUACCCCUGAACUCGCCCCUAAACUCGCCGGCUCCGGCGUCCCGGUGAUUCUACUCGGCGGUGAAAAGGGUAGUUUCGGGAACUUGAAAAUAUUGACGACGUUGGAGGAGAUGUUGACGACGGUCAAAGGAGAGAGAAAAGAAGUGAGAGUGAAAGAGAGAGUUUGCCAAAACGACGCUGCAGCGUUGCUGUAUUCGUCGGGAACUACUGGGGAGAGUAAAGGGGUAGUUUCGUCUCAUCGGAAUAUGAUCGCAAUGGUACAGACGAUCAUCGGACGGUAUAGAUUGGAUGAUGAAGAUCAGAGGAAUGGUAACACAUUUAUAUGUACUGUUCCAAUGUUUCAUAUCUAUGGCCUUGUUGCCUUUGCUACAGGAUUACUAGCAGCUGGAGCUACCAUUGUUGUCUUGCCCAAAUUUGAAAUGAAUGAUUUGCUCCUAGCAACAUCUAAGUACAAGGUCAGUUACUUUCCGUUGGUCCCACCAAUUCUGGUAGCAAUGGCGAAUCACGCUGAUCAUAUCAAGAAGAAUUAUGAUCUAAGUUCAUUGAAGCAUGUUUUGUCCGGAGGUGCCCCAUUAGGAAAGGAAGUGAUAGAAGGAUUCAUGGAGAAGUUCCCAAAUGUUGUGAUCAUGCAGGGUUAUGGGCUUACAGAGUCUACGGGCAUUGGGGCUACAACAGACUGUUUGGAGGAGAGCCGGAGGUAUGGGACAGCUGGGUUGCUCUCACCAAGCACAGAGGCAAAGAUUGUUGACCCUGAGAGUGGAAAGGCCUUGGGGGUUAAUCAGACUGGUGAACUUUGGCUUCGCAGCCAUACUGUUAUGAAAGGCUACUUUAACAAUCAUGAGGCGACUGUUUCAACUCUCACUUCAGAUGGUUGGCUAAAAACAGGGGAUGUGUGCUAUUUUGAUGAAGAUGGCUUCCUCUUUGUGGUCGAUAGACUGAAGGAGUUGAUCAAGUACAAGGGAUAUCAGGUUCCACCUGCUGAAUUAGAAGCAUUGCUGCUUACUCAUCCGGAAAUUGCAGAUGCUGCUGUUAUUCCGUUCCCAGAUAAGAAUGUUGGUCAGUUUCCAAUGGCAUAUGUAGUGAGGAAAGCUGGUAGUAACUUAUCAGAGAAUGAAAUCAUGGAUUUUGUAGCAAAACAGGUCGCUCCUUACAAAAGAAUCCGGAGGGUGGCAUUCAUAGAUUCUGUGCCCAAGAACGCAUCUGGGAAGAUUCUGCGGAAAGACCUCAUCAAAAUGGCAACUUCUGGUUCCAAAUUAUGAGCCAUUGAGCCUGUUGUAUUGUAGAAAAACACCUCUUUAAACCCAUUGGUGACCAGCUUGUAUCAAGAGCUUGGUCACAUAUAUAGAUUCGUUGUUAUUUGUUAAAUGAGAUUGCUGAGGAAUCAAUACCUCCCCGACCAAUGUAAUAUGGCAUUGUUGCUGUUGUAUGAAUAUCGUACUGGAAAUCUUGAAUAAGCUUGCGUAUAGUUUGUUUGAGCAACAAAAUUAAUGGUAGUUAAACAUGUAUUUGACAUGA